AAUGGCGGAAGUGGGUGUGGCAGCGACGGAAGCCGGAUCGGCAAGCCUCAGAGAAGAGGUACUGGGGAGUGGGAGCAGCCGGGUUCGCAGCGAUGAUCCCCCCUCAGGAGGCUUCCGCCCGGCGGCGGGAAAUCGAAGACAAGCUGAAGCAGGAGGAGGAGACGCUGUCCUUCAUUCGAGACAGCCUGGAGAAGAGCGACCAGCUCACUAAGAACAUGGUGUCUAUCCUGUCAUCCUUUGAGAGCCGCCUCAUGAAGCUGGAGAACUCCAUCAUCCCUGUGCACAAGCAGACAGAGAACCUGCAGCGGCUGCAGGAGAAUGUUGAGAAGACAUUAUCCUGCCUGGACCACGUCAUCAGCUACUACCAUGUGGCCAGUGACACUGAGAAGAUCAUCAGGGAAGGCCCCACAGGUAGGCUGGAGGAAUAUCUAGGAAGUAUGGCCAAGAUCCAGAAGGCUGUGGAAUAUUUCCAGGACAACAGCCCAGACAGCCCAGAGCUCAACAAAGUGAAGCUGCUGUUUGAGAGAGGGAAGGAGUCACUGGAGUCUGAGUUCCGCAGUCUGAUGACCCGCCACAGUAAGGUCGUCUCCCCUGUGCUCAUCCUGGAUCUGAUCAGUGGUGAUGACGAGAUGGAGGUCCAGGAGGAGGUGGCCUUGGAGCACCUGCCUGAAAGCGUGCUCCAGGACGUGGUCCGUAUCUCCCGCUGGCUGGUGGAAUAUGGCCGCAACCAAGAUUUCAUGAACGUCUACUACCAGAUUCGCUCCAGCCAGCUGGACCGCUCUAUCAAGGGCCUGAAGGAGCAUUUCCGGAAAAGCAGUUCUUCGUCUGGAGUUCCCUACUCCCCUGCUAUCCCCAACAAGAGGAAGGACACACCUACCAAGAAGCCAGUCAAGCGGCCAGGGACGAUCCGGAAGGCUCAGAACCUUCUGAAACAGUAUUCCCAGCAUGGUCUAGAUGGGAAAAAGGGGGGCUCUAACCUCAUUCCUCUGGAAGGUCACGAGCAUGAUUUCCGAGUUAAGCACCUGUCCGAGGGCCUGAACGACAAGCACGGGCCACUGGCUGGAAGAGAUGACAUGCUGGAUGUGGAAACCGAUGCAUAUAUUCACUGUGUCAGCGCCUUCGUCAAGCUGGCCCAGAGCGAGUACCAGCUGCUGACAGACAUCAUCCCUGAGCACCAUCAAAAGAAAACCUUUGACUCCUUGAUACAGGAUGCACUGGAUGGACUGAUGCUCGAGGGGGAGAAUAUUGUGUCUGCUGCCCGGAAGGCCAUCAUUCGCCAUGACUUCUCCACAGUGCUCACGGUCUUCCCCAUCCUGCGGCACCUCAAGCAGACCAAGCCUGAGUUUGACCAGGUGCUCCAGGGCACAGCUGCCAGCACCAAGAACAAGUUGCCUGGCCUCAUCACCUCCAUGGAGACCAUUGGAGCCAAAGCCUUGGAGGACUUUGCAGACAACAUCAAGAAUGAUCCAGACAAGGAAUACAACAUGCCCAAGGAUGGCACCGUGCAUGAGCUCACAAGCAAUGCCAUCCUCUUCCUGCAGCAGCUUCUGGACUUCCAGGAGACAGCAGGCGCCAUGCUGGCCUCCCAAGAGACCAGUUCUUCGGCCACCAGCUACAGCUCUGAGUUCAGCAAGCGACUGCUGAGCACUUAUAUCUGUAAAGUCCUGGGCAAUCUGCAGCUGAACUUGCUGAGCAAGUCCAAGGUGUAUGAGGACCUCGCACUGAGUGCCAUUUUUCUGCACAACAACUACAACUACAUCCUCAAGUCCCUGGAAAAGUCUGAGCUGAUCCAGUUGGUGGCCGUGACCCAGAAGACUGCCGAGCGCUCCUACCGGGAGCACAUUGAGCAGCAGAUCCAGACCUACCAACGCAGCUGGUUAAAGGUGACUGAUUACAUUGCAGAGAAGAAUCUACCUGUGUUCCAGCCUGGAGUCAAGCUCCGUGACAAGGAGCGACAGAUGAUCAAGGAGCGCUUUAAGGGCUUCAAUGAUGGUCUUGAAGAACUGUGCAAGAUCCAGAAGGCCUGGGCUAUUCCAGACACAGAGCAGAGGGACAAGAUUCGCCAGAUUCAGAAAAAUAUUGUUAAGGAGACCUAUGGAACCUUCCUGCACAGGUAUGGCAGCGUGCCCUUCACCAAGAACCCUGAGAAGUACAUCAAAUACCGAGUGGAGCAGGUGGGCGACAUGAUCGAUCGGCUUUUUGACACUUCUGCCUAAGCCUGCCAGUGUCCCUGACUAACCAUGUCAUUGCACAGAUAAACCAGUGUUAACUUGCCUCUGGGCCGGGUGAGCGUGAAAUCCUUUGGGAACUUCUUCCCAGCAGCCCACAUUCCCUACCAAAGCAGCACCCUCCCAGAGUACAGGGUCUUUUCACCCUUUGGGUUUUGUGACUGAGCACAGCCAACUGAGGCCAUUAGGUAGCUUUUGAGAGAAGACAGGAAAGAAGGAAGACAAAGCCUGUGCCCCCAGCUGUCUCACGUAUAAAGAGCAGAAGGGCAGACUCUACCUCGGGGAACCUAGUUUAGUACUUGGAGAUGGAGAACUCCCUUUCAGUUCAGAAGUGUGGUGGGGCUCAGAAGAAAUCCUCUUGCCAUGUUGCAGCCAGAGGAUCUAGAGGAAGAGCAGUCUGGGUGACCUGCCUCUUGGAUUUAGUGCAUGGCCCACAGUCCUAAGUCUCCCAGGAAUUCUCUGGGUGGCAGGAACAGGAGUACU